AUGGCAUGCGAUGAUCCCUAUCCCCCAUCACCUAAAGCUGCAAAACGCAAAACUCUCCGCUCCAAAGCCGCCUCCCUAGGCCCCCUCGCCGCCGCGACCGUCCUCCCAACCCCAUCCCCCUUCACCGCACCCCAAGACCUCUCCAUCUCCUCCCUCUCCGGCACAGAGAUCAUCCGUGACCACCUCCAAGACGAACAUGAAUUCCGCCCUCAACUCGAAUCCAAAAAAGAUAAACGCACCGCACGCCACGAAGCAUGGAUGCAGAAAUUCCAAUCAGCGGGUUUAUCAAAAGCCUCACAGAAGAAUGCCAAGAGGAGGGAGAGAAAGAGGGCGGAGGGUGGGGAGGGGACUGCAUUGGAUAUGAGAGGGAUGAUGGAGGAGAUGGCACCAGAGGCAUUGGAGGUGAAGAAGGAGGAAACUGGGGUUGGUAUCCGGGCGCCGAAUCCGACUGCUGCGUCGAAACCUAAGACAGCGAAGAAGAAGAAGAAGGAGCACGAGCAGGAGCGUGCACGAUUUGAUGCAGUGAUGAAGCUUCCUGCGUUCAAGUUGGGCGGAUUGAAGGCGAUCAGGACACAUAUUCAGAACGAAAUGGCAAAAGACGCACCAGCAGAUCAGGCAAACAAAAUGGAUAUGUAAGCAUGUGCAUCACCAACAUCAACCAACAUAAAGGCAUAUUGGGUUAUUGGCGUUAUGGGAUUCGCAGUCAC